GUGGCGCCACCGCUUUUUACAAUAAAAACAAGAUGGUUGUCGUAAAUAAAAUUUGCGGUAGUUUAACCGUCUGUUGUGUUUUUGUGGCAAAAUAUUAGUAAAAACCGUCGUGUUUUAAUGUGGUGUUAAUGAAAAUCAAUCGCUGCAUCUCCUGUGAUUUCUAUGGAUGCCUAACCAAUUGUGGUCGUAAAUAUGUAUCCCAACUUUAUGAAUAAGCCAGCAUUCAUGAAUAACCCACCGAAUUCAACUUUUGGGGCGUCCACUUCGACUUUCGGACAACCUGCCCCCAACACCUCUAUGUUUUCAUCAAUGCAGCCCUCGAACAUCUUCCAGUCUGCGAGCACCUCGUCCUUCGCAUCGGCGCCCACAAGCCAAACCAGCUUCGGCACAAAUCCCUUUGGCCAGCAACCACAACCAUCAACUAGCGGUUUAUUCGGUGGCUCAAAUGCAUUCACUCAAAAUAAAUCAUUCGGAUUCGGCUCGGCCCCUCCUCAGCCCGGAUUAUUCGGCCAACAGCCGCAACAACAACCCGGAACCUCUCUUUUCCAAUCAAACACUAAUACAAUGUUAUUCGGAAGUAACGCUUUCGGAAACCAGACCACCGGCACUGUUAUUAAAUUCAAUCCGGUUACGGGGACCGACACCAUGCAAAAAAACGGGGUAACCCAGUCGAUAAGUACCAAACACCACUGCAUCACGUGCAUGAAAGAAUACGAGAAUAAAUCGCUGGAAGAGUUGCGAUUUGAGGACUAUUCGGUUAACCGGAAAGGACCCCAACAACAGGCCGGUUUCGGAAGCACCCCUUUCGGGGCUUCGACCACUACAACGCCCUCGCUUUUCGGGCAAACUGAUAACAAACCCGCCUUCGGACAACAACCGCAAGCAUUCGGCCAGGCGCCGGCUUUCGGACAAACAACACCAGCUUUCGGAUCGACCAACACGACAAGCACUCCGACUUUGUUCGGAAAACCGAACACUUUCGGCGCUACCACUAGCACCCCAAGUUUUGGGUUUAAUGUCACACCGGCAACCAACCCUUUCAGCGCUAAUCAAGGCGCCAAACCCUUCUCCCAACCCCUGUUCGGGACACAAACCACGCAAGCGCCCGCCACCUUCGGGGCCGGCGUUUUCGGCCAAACGAACACCCAGAAUCCUGCGACCAAUUUGUUUCAAAAACCGGCGCAGCCCACCACUGGGUUCAAUACCGCCCAGACGGGCUUUUCAUUUAAUCAAACGGGUACGACCCAGAGUUCGAAUUUGUUCCAAGUUUCGAAACCCAACACCGGUUUCGGAAUUUUCGGCCAAACUAACACGGGAACGACUGGGUUUGGCCAAACGAGUCAACCAGCUUUUGGCUCAAAUUUCGGCAAACUAACCCCUAGUACGUUCACACAACCUACUCAACCUACAUUUGGUACGAACUUGACCACCGGCUUGCAACAACAACCACUGUUCGGUGCUGCGACGGCAAAACCGCCGAGUCUUUUCGGCGGCACGACAACCGGAAGUGGUAGUCUUUUCUCUAAUAAUGUUUUUCAACAAACGCCGGCUUCGUACUCACUUAAUCUCAACCAGCAACAACCUGCUCACUUUCCGCCAGAAUCGGGCGACGACAAUAAAAGUAUCUCGCUGCUUGCAACUGAUAGCUUUCCCGAUGGGCCGUUCGUUUACGGUCUGGAGCCUAAACUUUUAGAUUCGAGUAAAAGUACCACGAACCCGCAGGAUAUUAAGGCGCUUUUGGAUUAUUCGAAAAAGAGGGAUGAGAGUGCAGGGGCGGGGUCGAAAAUCAAAGUUGACUUGCCGAGACCUAAACGAGGUACUAACUACAAUAAAGAGUUUUUCGAAACGAGCCAGAUGCUUAAAAGUUCACAUAAAUGCCUCGUUAUUCGUAAAUUCAACGACAGUAAUUCCACUAUUUACAAUAAAUACAACAAUGAGCUUAUCGAGGAAGCUGAGGAGUGUAUCAAAGCAUCGCCACCAAGUGAGGCCGGUACUUGUGUAAUUUUGAGCCCGCGGAGUCUUGUCACUGAGAAUGACUACACGGAAGAUCUGACCGAGACAGAUAUCACCAAAAGCAGGAGGAGUUUGAAGUUGCAAUUCGACCCAUCGGUCACUGACAGCGCCAGAACGAACAAGUCGUCCUAUUCGUUCGACGAUUCUAGUUACAGUCCCAAAACAGGUUCGAGCAAAACUAGCUUGAGUGAGUCAACGACUGCAAAGUCAACUCCUCGGUUCGGCAACGGGAGUAUAGGGAUAAACGACGACGAGACAAUCACGGACACGGUUCCUGAACUAGCUUUGACUGUGUCGACGACUGACACAGAAAGUACCGAGAAUCCCGCCGGUGUGGUACUGACACGACCGGAGUACUACAUGUACCCGGCUUUGAAAGACUUGCAUCAAUACAUGGAUGAAAACGGCGACUGUAUCGUGCAAGGACUGACGAUUGGGCGUCGGGGUUACGGCAAUGUCCAUUUCCCCGACCUGAUCAACAUCGCCAACAUGAACCUGGACGAAAUCGUACAUUUCCGUCACCGUGAAGUGAUUAUUUACCCCGAUGAUAACAAAAAACCCCCAGUGGGCGAAGGUCUAAACCGGCGCGCUCAAGUGACCUUAGACAAAAUUUACCCGCGGGAGAAGGGAACCAAUAACUACAUCACCGACGUCAAUCAAAUCAUCCAAACCAAUUUCGUCGACAACCUCAUGCAUGUCACGCAAAAGCACAACAGCAAGUUCGUCGAUUAUAGGCCCAACACCGGGUCGUGGGUCUUCAAAGUGAAGCAUUUCUCCAAAUACGCGUUCACGGACAGCGACGAGGAGGAAUGCGAAGUCUCGGCGGAUAAAACCGUCACUAAGAAGGCGCAAGACCUUUUGAAAAAGCUUGAUAAGGUGGACGAGGUGCCGCCACUUGGGUUAGGGGGCAGUGCCCAGGUAAGCAAAACGCGACUCAUGCAGGACUCGGAGGGUUUCGCCUCCGAGCCGACGUUACUCGACUUCUGGCCCGAAGAGGAUCAAUACACCAUUUCGGAGGAGAUGUACCACACAGAAUCGUCGAUCCAGACGCUCAAGUCGUCGCUUUUUGUCAAUUUGGAGAGUCAAGAACCGAAGAAGACGCAAAGUGUUCUCAAACAACAGCUAAUCCCGAGCAAGGUUAUUGUGACGCCUAAGGUCUACAAACUACCGGAUAUCAGACUGGCAAUCGUUCCGGAAAAAGUCACCACAACUCAAAAGUGUUACACGGAGAUGGGCGUCUUCCGCUGCAACACGUAUAAAGUGGGGUGGGGGAAAGGUUUCAAUUUCUAUAACUAUGAUCCUGUUGCUGACAACGAGGUGGUUUAUGCCCUCACUCAUUGUAACGUCGAUGUCAUGAAUGCGAACUCAGCAAUGCCAAACUUGACUGAUUUACUUAAAGUAACCCUUGAGGAAAGUGAUAUCGUGCUUGAUAAUAACCAAAUACCAACUCUUCGUAUUAAAUGCGACUUGAAUUACCUGCAAAAACAAACCGAUUUAUUCAACGAUUACGUAAAAACUCAGCCACUGUCAGGCCGGGAAAAGUACUAUUGUAGCGUUUGGAAUUUGUGUUUGGCGCUGUGGGGACCGGGCGAUAACACGCCUUGUAUGCGAAGACAGUACGUCAGUGACUGGUUGAGAAAAUUUUCGUACGAGUUAUCCGGCGACGUAACUUUGCAUGACCGAAUCGGUCGUGACGAAAGUGAGGCAUUUAAAACGAUUUUCAAACUAUUGUCAUUCCAUAAAAUUGCUGAAGCGAGCGAGUUGGCCGGUAGCAACAAUUUGAGUCAGUUGAGUCUGCUGAUCAGCCAGAUGAGUGCCAACGAGAGGGUGAAAGCCUGGUUGAGGAAAUACGUGGAGAGUUUUGAAUGGAGGGAGAGGGAUGUAAUCACUGAUGAUUUCAAAAGAUUGUAUUUGCUUCUUGCCGGCAUACCGGUGCAUGAAAUUAUAAACACUUGUGAGGAUCUGGACUGGAUGAGGAGUUUCGGGGUGCAUUUGUGGUACGUGGCCCCAGCUGCAGCUCCGAUUAGUGUGGCGUUUAAUUUGUAUAAGAAAGCGUUUGAGGAACUUGACUAUGCAGCAAAGCCGGUACCGCCGCACUGCGAGGCUGAUUCGCCAGUAAAACACUACGAUAUUCUCUACCAAAUUUUGACGCUUUAUGUUGAUGGUACGCAUCAAUUAUGUAAUGUUUUGCAUCCCGAAACACACACUGAUAAUCUCAUGGACUAUCGGCUUAGUUGGUUUUUGCUUCAAUUGUUUGCGUCAUUGCGAGUCGGGUUGAUUCGCGAGUCGGAAAAGGAUCACUUGCACACAACGUUCGCCACCCAGUUGGAGAACUUGGGCCUUUGGAAGUGGGCGAUCUUCUGCCUCCUCUUCCUUGAAAACAACUUGUUGAAAAAGAAUCUGGUGAUGAGAAUCCUUGAUAGGAAUCUCUCGACUCGAACCGAGUCAGUUGAGAGAGAACUUGUGAAGACUUUCAAAAUUCCCGCAUCUUGGAUCCACGAAAUCAAAGCUACGAAAGCCAAAAUCGCCGGUCGCUACUACGAGUACUUCCAGCACUACAUCUACAUGGGGAAGUGGCAAGAGGCCAAUGCCGCUUUUAUUGACAAUAUUUUACCCGAGCUGUUCAUUAACGAACAGUACGACUAUUUGAAUAGCUUUAUCAAUAAGAUCCAACCGUAUUCCAAUCUCCUAGUGAACUGGAACACGCAGGUUGGACUUGUUAAGGAAUUUCUGGAGUUGCAAGAAACAUUGGGUGGAAGUACCGAAGUGUCGUCCGUUGGGGGAAAACUAGCUUCCUUGUUCCGAAGAAUUAACUGCUUUCCGACUAAUAACGACAAACAGAAGCUGUUCGUUGUUGAACUUUCGCGAAAAUGUGCCUUGCUGUUUAAGAUUUUUCACAAGAGUUUAGAUAAUCCGGUGUUCCAAGCCAAGUUUGUUGAGAUUUUGAACAAUCUGGCCAUGCCUCCUGAUAUUAAGCAUUAUGAGUUCUUUCAUCUGUUCAACAAAUUCACCGUAGAGGAGCCAGAAAUUCGUUAGUUAUGUAUUUUUAAUAAUUGUCAUUUUAUGUUUAUUGUAAUUCCUUUCUGCUUAAUAAAUAUGUUAUUGUGGA